CUGGAAGAAUGCAGGUUGCGAGAGAGAGAGAGAGAGAGAGAGAGAGAGAGAGAGAGAGAGAGAGAGAGAGAGAGAGAGAGAGAGAGAGAGAGAGAGAGAGAGAGAGAGAGAGAGAGAGAGAGAGAGAGAGAGAGAGAGAGAGAGUAAGCACGCAGCGGAAGCGUGAGGAGCAGGCCCACAAGGUUCGAGUGGCUCUGAUACCAUCUCAAACUUAGGACACUAGCUUCUUAAACUUA